GGGAGGGCCGGGCAGCGCCGCUGUCGCCCCGGCACUGAGCGCUCGCUCGCACCCGCGGCAGCGCCGCCCGCCCGCGGCCCCCUCGCCCGCUGCCCGGAGGCCGGAGGAGGGGAAAAGCUUGCUCUUAAGCAAUGCCUUGCAAAAUCUAGGAAAUGUUGCAUUGAAGCUCAUGAAUUUGGACCAGUUCCAGGCCUGAUGUCCAGAAACUCAUCCUUAUGGAUAGCAGAUUUAAAGAGGCUGGAUGCAAAGGGGGAAGCAUGGUAAAGACAGCAUCUCUGCAGGAUCCAUGGGCUCUUUGAGAGAUGAUCAGAGGGAGGCCAGAUGACCUACAGAACACACACGCGACUGUUUCUCAUCCGCAAAGGCAGCAUCGGAGUGUCCUCCCCAGCCCCGCACCAUCCAGCUUGCCCGCUCGCUUCCGGAUGUUUCGCAGCUGCGAGUGGGAGGUACUGGAGCGAUCCCUCAUAAUCCUUCAGGCCAGCGACUUCUACUGGGGCCCCUUGUCAGUGGGGGAGGCUCACGCCAAGCUCCAGCGGGAGCCUGUGGGCACCUACCUGGUACGGGACAGCUCUCAGGGGAACUACCUGUUCAGCCUGAGUGUGCGGAUGCCAACGGGGCCCGUCAGCCUUCGGAUCUCUUUCCAGGAGGGUUAUUUCCGCCUGAAGAACUGGUUUUCAGACUGCGUGGUCCGGCUCCUGGAGUUGGUGGUGGCGGGGACCCGGAACAACCCCUUGCACUUUGAUGAAAUGGGGGGGACGCCCUUGGUGUUCUCCGAGCCCUUGUGUCGGAGCCGCCGGACAGUGCCCACGCUGCAAGAACUGUGCCACCAGCGCCUGCCCGGGGGCUGUCGGAGCCUGCCCGCUGCGAUGGGGCAAGGAGCAGGCUCCUCCGGGAUGCGCCCAAGGGAGGAGGUGGCUUCUCCCCCCAGUGGAAGGGGAGGCUUGGAGUGGAGCGUCGUCCCCAGUCCCUCUCUGGCCCGGGCUGGGAGAUGACGCGGUGCAUGGGGGAGAGAAAAUGAAGUGCCUGUUUUGUGGGUAUGCUGGUGGGAUGCACGCCGCUCCAGUGGGAUUAGACUGGCCACUUGGAGAGGAAGGGGAGGGCAGGGGGAGCAGGGCUUGAACCCACUGAGUACGAGAACUGUGUCCUCAUACGUGCACGGUGUGUGUGGCCUCUCCCUGAGAUACCUGGAGUAAAGCUAACCCUGAAGAGCAGAGACAGUCCUGCUCUUUACUCCAGUUGUGACUCAUAAGCUUGUGCACAGGGCAAGCUGCCUGUCCUCCCAGGUCAGCCCUGGCUCCUCCUCUGUCUAAAAGUGCCUAAGCUAAUUUCUGCAAAAAAUCUGCCCUUCUGAAGUGGUCUGGCUGAGUUCGAUCCCUGAGCAGUGCUGCUUAGGGGUUGACGGACGUAGCCCCCGCGCUGACCACAUACCCAGGUAGCCCUCUCCAAGCAAGGACAAGCUCCACUCCAAGCAAGGACAAGCUCCACUCCUUGCAGCAUAAAUGCAAUACCUGUCAUGUCAGAGGUCAACGUUUGCACUGGAGUAAAACCUCUGCAGCAACGUACACUGCGUACAGUUUCACUGGCUUCAGCAUUGCUUAUUGGAGCAGAUUUUUGGGAGCACAGAUGAGCUACUUUAUACUAAGGGCACUGUAUUCCGGCUAAGGGAAUCCUGGUUUGGAGAGCCAGGUCCGCUCUGGGCAGGUGUGCGCAGAUGGGAGUACAGCACCCUUUCUUCUGCUCAUCUGAUAGUAUGCUGCUGCCCCCUACAGGUAAUAAAGGGACAUUCUUGGGGUUUUGUUUUUUGCCCCCCAAAAGGCAAGAAUUUUUGUAUAAGCCUUUUAAAUUUUAAUAAACAUGUUUUUAUACUUAUUUUUAAAAAUCAA